AUGAGUGAGAAGCUGGAUUCUCAUCAUGAAGUUUUUGAUGAAGAGAAUCCUUCAACACCACAACACAACCAUUAUGCUGAGAAAAAUUACCCUAAUGUAUCACUUGACCUCAACAUAAUGAUAAUGAAGAAAGAAAAUCGCCAAUUCCUCUAUAAGAUUAUUAAAGCGGUCUCACGCAUAAGUGACGCACGUCUUGUGAAUAAAAUAUUCAGUGUCGAUUCCACGUUUGUAAUAAAGCUAAGUAAAAAUAAACAGAAAACAGUAAAUAAUUUUUUCCAGAAAUUUUGUGUUAUUAGUGUCAGUAAAAUGGAAAGCUUUUUCGGUAAAAAAUAUAAACUAAAAUCUUCAGAAAAUUUUGAAGAAUAUCUUAAAUUUAUCGAGGUGGGACUAUUAUCUCGAAAACUUGUCACUUCACUGUACCCAGUCUGCAUAUUGACAAAGAAUGAAGAUGGUUCCUACUCACUCACCAUGAUAACUGCGAUUAGAAAAGUCGUUACUACUUUCAAACUUGGUGAAGAAUUUAUAGAAGAUAGACCUGAUGGUGUAAAGGUUAAAUCGAUAAUGACACUGGAGGGCAACAAACUUAUUCAAAUUCAAAUAGAGAAUAACGGAAGAAAAUCGACGCAUAUUAGAGAAUUUACGGAUCAAAGUCUUACUGUGACGACAACGGCUGAAGGCUGGAACGGAACGUGUGUACGUGUAUAUGAAUUAGUUGAAUAAGUUUAGUUAUGGUUAAUGGGUAAAUGUUGUUAGUAAAUUAUUUGUAGCUGUGAUUAUAAAAUAUUUGCAAAAUAAAUCAUUUUUAAAGGGCA